GCUGGCCCUCAAGUUGGCGCUCAAGUUGAAGAUAAAAUUGACGAUAAGGUUGACAAUAAAGUUGACGAUAAAGUUGACAAUAAAGUUGACAAUAAAGUUGACGAUAAAGUUGAUGACAAUAAGUUGACAAUAAAGUUGACGAUAAAAUUAGAGAUUCGGUUACAGUUGAUCGUUAGUCUUGUAAAUAAACCUUUUCUCGAUUUGUCUUUUGAGUACCUGAAUCUAUCUACUUAUCUUUGA